AUGAAACUGGCAACUGUAAGAUCUGCGGUACUUUCGUCACUCUUUGCAUCGCAGGUGCUGGGUAAGAUAAUACCGGCAGCAAACAAGCGCGACGACGACUCGAACUCCAAGUUUGUUAAGUUGCCCUUUCAUAAGCUUUAUGGGGAUUCGCUAGAAAAUGUUGGAAGCGACAAAAAACCAGAGGUACACCUUUUUAAGAGAGCUGACGGUUAUGAGGAAAUUAUAAUUACCAACCAGCAAAGUUUCUAUUCGGUGGAGUUGGAAGUGGGUACGCCACCACAGAACGUAACGGUCCUAGUGGACACAGGCUCCUCUGAUCUAUGGAUUAUGGGCUCGAACAAUCCAUAUUGUUCUUCGGAUACUAUGGGCGAUAGCCGGAGGCGUGUUAUUGAUAAGCGUGAUGAUUCGUCAAGCAGCGGAGCUUUGGUUAAUGAUAUAAAUCCAUUUGGCUGGUUGACAGGAACGGGCAGUGUCAUUGGCCCUACGGCCACGGGUUCAGGAGGGGGUUCAGGAACGGCAACUCAAUCCGUGCCUGCUUCGGAAGCCACCAUGGACUGUCUUGAAUACGGGACAUUUACCACUUCAGACUCUUCUACUUUCAAAUCAAACAACACAUACUUCAGUAUUAGCUACGGUGACGGCACUUUUGCCUCCGGUACUUUCGGUACGGAUGUGUUAGAUUUGAGUGACUUGAACGUUACUGGGUUGUCUUUUGCCGUUGCCAAUGAGACGAAUUCCACUAUGGGCGUUUUAGGUAUUGGUUUGCCUGAACUAGAAGUCACUUAUUCUGGCUCUACUGCAUCUCGUGGUGGAAGGGCUUAUAAAUACGACAAUUUCCCCAUUGUAUUGAAAAAUUCAGGCGCUAUCAAAAGCAAUGCGUAUUCUUUGUAUUUGAACGACUCGGACGCUGAGCACGGUACCAUUUUGUUCGGAGCCGUGGACCAUAGUAAAUAUACUGGCACUUUGUACACCAUCCCCAUUGUAAACACUCUGAGUGCGAGUGGAUUUAGCUCCCCCAUUCAAUUUGAUGUCACUAUCAAUGGUAUUGGGAUCAGUGAUUCUCAGAAUGGUAACAAGACUUUGACGACCACUAAAAUACCUGCCUUAUUGGAUUCCGGUACUACUUUGACCUAUUUACCUGAAACAGUGGUAUCUCUGAUCGCUGAUGAAAUAGGUGCACAAUACUCUUACAGGUUAGGAUAUUACGUAGUAACCUGUCCAUCUGAUGAUAGUACCCAAAUAGUGUUCGAUUUUGGUGGUUUUCACAUCAAUACAUCGCUCUCCAGUUUUAUCUUGAGUGCGGGCAAUACAUGUCUUUUAGGUAUCAUCCCAACAAGUGAUAGCACAGGUACCAUUUUGGGUGACUCGUUUUUGACUAACGCGUACGUGGUUUAUGAUUUGGAGAAUCUUGAAAUAUCCAUGGCUCAAGCUCGCUAUAACACCACAAGUGAAAAUAUCGAAGUUAUUUCAUCCUCCGUUCCAAGCGCCGUAAAGGCGCCAGGCUAUACAAAUACUUGGUCUACAAGCGCAUCUAUUGUUACUGGUGGUAACAUAUUCACUGUAAAUGCCUCGCAAACCGCUUCCUUUAGCGGUAAUGUGACGUCCAGUACCGCAUCCGCCACUUCUACAUCAAGUAAAAGAAAUGUUGGUGACCAUAUAGUUCCAUCUCUACCUUUCACUUUAAUUUCUCUUCUUUUUGCAUUCAUUUGA